GUAAAUAUAGAAACUAGAUGUAUAAUUGUUACAUACGUUAAGAACAUAAAUGUUUGCGUUAUGUUCGAGUAACUGUCGACUUCAUCUGCCGUAAAUUAAAUAAUUUUUCGAUAUUAUAAAGAGGAGAAAUGGUUUUAUUUGAUUGUUUGCUAUUAAACUUGAUGACUUAUGCCGUCAUAAUUUCGACAUCAUUUUAUUUCUACUUAAGAUAUCGUUAUACUUUUUGGCAACGUCAAGGAUGUCCUGUUCCGUUAGAACCUCACAUUAUAUACGGUCAUACUAAGGAGGUAACUAAAAUGAAAACAUGGGUAGGCGAACAUUAUGCUAGCAUUUAUUUUAAUACUAACGGAUACAAGUUCGUCGGUUUCUAUCAGUUUCAAAAGCCGAAGCUAAUGCUUCGAGAUUUAAAUAUUAUUAAAGAUGUAUUUACAAAGGAGUUUUCUACUUUUCCCAACCGUGGAAUAGUAUUUGAUGACAAGCUAGAACCGCUUACUGGUAAUUUAUUAACACUAGAAGGCCAUAAAUGGAAAGUUUUAAGAAAUAAAUUGACACCAGCAUUUACCAUUGGAAAAAUAAAGAACAUGAUUGAUCUUAUAGAUGGUAGAGCUCAAGAAAUGGUCAGAAUUCUUGAAGCGCCGGCAGUAAUUGAUGAACAAGUAGAAUUUAAGGAACUAUUAGCUCGAUUUUCAACCGAUGUUAUUAGUAUUGUGGCAUUUGGAUUCGAAACCAAUUCGUUGGCUAAUCCUGAUGCAGAAUUUCGGAAGGUUGGUCGAAUGCUAUUUUCAACUAGUAUAGAAAGUAUCAUAAGAAAUGCAUUGAAUGCAUUGGCUCCAAGUUUAAUCGGAUUACUAAAAGUACGAAGUAUCAAAAAAGAAUAUGCCGAUUUUUUCUAUAAUGUAGUGAAUGAUACAGUUAGAUAUAGAGAAGAGAACAAUAUACAACGAAAUGACUUUCUAGACUUACUGAUGAAAAUUAAAAGAGGCCAGAAUUUAGCUUCUGAAGAAGAAAGUAAAUUAGUACUUAACGAAAACGAAGGAAAAGAAGAUUUUAAAUUUACUAUGGACGUAUUGGCAGCUCAAUGUUUUGUAUGGUUUAUUGGAGGCUAUGAAACUUCAUCAAUAACGUUAACAUUCACAUUUUUUGAACUUGCCCAAAACCCGGAAGUACAGAUGAGAGCUCAAGAUGAAAUUGAUUCAGUACUUAUUAAACACAACGGGAAACUAACAUAUGAAAUAUUGCAAGAAAUGACUUAUUUAGAUAUGAUUGUAUCGGAAGCCUUACGAAAGUAUCCACCAGUGCCUAAUUUAACCAGGAAGGCAGUAAAACCAUAUAAAUUACCCAACUCAGAUUUCACCCUUAAUAAAGGACUCCAGGUGGUCAUACCAGUAUAUGCUAUUCAUAACGAUCCUGAAUAUUGGCCAGAACCAGAAAAAUUCAUUCCGGAAAGAUUUACAGAGGACGAAAAACACAAUAGACCACAAUAUGCGUACUUACCAUUUGGCGCUGGACCUAGACUAUGCAUUGGUAUGCGGUUCGGAAUGAUGCAAGUAAAAGUGGCGUUGUUUAGAAUAUUAUCAACGUAUAACAUUUCACUGUCCAAAAAUAUGAAACUGCCAAUAAAACUGAAUCCAAAAACUAUACCAGCAAAUCCUGAUGGUGGUAUGUUUCUUCAUGUUACCAAGAGAAAAAACUAAGUAAACAGAUUUUACGCGACAAUUAUAGGUACUACGAUUAUAAUUUUACUGAUUGAUUUAAAGUAUAAAAAUAAUAUAAACAAAUGUAAUCAUUA